UGGGGUAAGUUGCGCCGCGCGCCGACUCGUCUGGCCCUUCUCGCUCGCAACGAAAGAGUACACACGUCGCUCCGCGUGCAUCCCUCUCAUUCUCAUCGUUACCGGUAACGAGAGAGAAACGCAAUUCCCCGGCACAACUCGUGGAAAAAAAAAAAAAAAAAAAAGAGAAAAGGAAAAAAAAUUAAACGCUCGCGGGGUGACGCAGGUGAAUGUAUCGCAAGUGAUCGCGAGUUUUUUUUCCGCGAACUUUUUCUCUCCCGAUCGGUUUCUCUCCGCGCUCAAUUCUUUCGCGACCGAGAGGGGGUGGGAGGGGAGAAAAAGAGAAGGGUUUCAUUCUCCGAUUUAUGACGACGAAUGGAAGAAAACGGUACCGGUGGUAGAGACGCGGAUCGCGUGUGAAUGCGAGCGGAAAGUGAGCUUGGUCAUGUUGAGGGGUAAGAGAAUGUCACCGUGAUGUUACACCGAAGCGCUUCGUCGCGGCGCCGACGAGCGUCGCCAAGCGUGGCUAACUCGAGCCAGCCGGUAGGGGUGUCUUCGACGAUGCGAGGUCGACGUGCAAGCGUCGCUACCGAAAAGCCUCUCAUUUUGCCAAGCAGCCCCGGCGAAGCGAUGGAAAGACAGAGAUCGCCGAGGGGUAGCAUGGUCCCGAAUAUCGCUCUGGAUACUGAGAGUGACUCCCCUGAUGAGGGAAUCAGUCGCAGAAUUUUGCCAGAUCUCGAACAGUAUGGCGCCAGUCGCAACUCUCUGGUGCCCGAGGCAAGCCGCAGCCCACGAAAUUCUCUGAUACCUGACGAUUACUGUAGAAGCCCGCGGGGUUCUCUCAUACCGGAUUCCAACAGGAGCCCGCGAAACAGUCUAGUACCCGAUGUGGUGCGUUCACCGCGAUGUAGCCUCACGCCGGAAGUAGCGUUAAGUCCGCGUCACUCGCUGGUGCCGGACUCGUCGCUCAGUCCCAGGAAUUCGCUUGUACCGGACGUAACUUACAACCGAAGUCCGCGAAACAGCAUAGCGAUCGGCUCGUCUAGGAUUUCUUUGCUACCGGAAAAUGGUAACGCACUCGCGGCUGCUAUCCGUAGCCCCAGGCACUCGUUGGUACCCGACUCGACGAGGAGUCCGCGCGGCAGCAUGGCGAAUCUGGAUUUCGAUCGAAGUCCGCGCGGCUCGAUUUGUCCGGACGUGCACAGAAUACCGAGAGCAAGUAUCACGCCGAUGGAUGUAGAUAGAAGUCCCCGCGGUUCGAUAGCCUCCGAGUGCCUGAAUCAGAGUCCCCGCGGUUCGAUCGCACCAGAUCCCAACAGAUCGCCCAGAGGAUCGAUAGCGCCAGACCCCGCGAAUCGGUCUCCGCGUGGAUCGAUAUGUCCGGAGAGUAACAGGAGCCCGAGAGGAUCGAUCGUGCCGCACGAUCAGACGAAUCGGUCGCCUCGCGGCAGCAUAGGUGUAAACGACGUUGAUAGACAUUCGAGGGGUUCUCUUGGAGCGAUUAACGACGACGAGAGUAGAAGUCCCAGAGGGAGCAUUGGGCCUGAAGGGAUCGAUAGGAGUCCUAGGGGGAGUCUCGGUGGGCAUCAAGAUAGAAGAGCGCCACGAGGCAACUUGGGUUUACAAGAUCCUAGAAGAGCUUCUGCAGAUCAAGGGAGCACGAGAAACCGAAGUUCCUCGCCUUAUCGCCAAAGAGAAGUGAGCUCGGGAAGUGUCAGAUCGGGCGGAAGCGGAGCCGCACAGGUCAAUCUGGGAUAUGGGACAAACGCCUGGGCUGAUUCCAGGCGAGCCAGCAGUUCCGUUUCGCAGCUUUCAGGCGACGAGUCGCGACGGCUUUGCGCCAGCGGUGCGAAGGCACCUGAAAAGGGCGAUGCGGAAACCGCGAAUCUCGGUGUUGCGACUUACGGUUCGGUCGUAUUUCAGCUGAAAGACGCUCAUCUAGAGGCAAACGGUAUCUGCGAUUUCGUCUUUCGCGCCUUGAGAGUCAUCAGCAAGACGAUGACAUUCACCAUAUGUCUGACCUGUCUGUCCACUGUGCCUAUCUUGAUGUUCAUCUUUGGUGUACAGUUCAUUAAGGAUUGCCCGAAAGAGCCAUACAUUCCUGUCUAUAUGCUGAUCGGAGGAGUUCUGGGCGCCGUGCGCAUGUUCUGGGCGCUUUAUUCGCAGAUACGCUCUCGCAGGCCGGAAGUGAUAUCCGUUCCCGGCGUCAGACCAGUCUCACCUAUGAAAUUACUCUCCAUAGCUUUAUCGUGCUUCCUGGUCGCAUGGUUCGUGUUAGGACAUUAUUGGAUACUGCAUAUAAUGUGGCCGGAAUACGAAGUUUCGUUGUACGCGCCCAAUCGAUGGUGUCACAAAACGCUCUAUAUUUUUUCUUUAAUUCAUCUGUGCGUGGUGUACGCGGUUGUAUUUGUAAUACUAAUAGUGGCGAUCGGUCUGGCUUUCUGCAGAAUUCUGGAAUGCCCUUUACCAGAAAGAUACAAAUAACCACGGCGAUCCGUUCGCCAGAAUAAAAUCCGUGAGAAGAAGAAGUCGACGGCCGGCGGCAGAGGUGGAGGCUGGCGUCUAGACAGACAUAAGGUCCUGGAGGACCUGCAGGAGGAGGUGGAUGACGACGAUGACGAACAAAGCGAGGACAGGGAGGAAGGCAGUAACAAGAUCGUGCAGGAGGUGAAGUAUUGCAGCAAAGUGCAGUUUCGUGCGCCGGAUAUCAUCGAGCUAUGAUAAAUAAGCGAUGAUGCGUCUUGCUGCCGGUGGCGGAAGAACUCGGGAGGAAGAGGCUCGUAAUCUUAAAAGUUUGCCACGAUAACGAGGACGCUGGCCGCGGGGGCAGAAUUUGCGACAGGAAGCUCUCUUCGGAGAGACGGAAAAGGGAAAACGAAUAACGAGGUCGCGAGAGGAAAGAUAGAUCGACGACGGGGGCAUCUUUCGUGAAUAAUCGAGGUCUUACCUCUGACACGUGCGAGAUCCCGAGAUCUUCGUAUUUUUCGCAAAGGAGAUCGGUGAAUGUGACGGAGAAGGUGGGUAUCCGGAUCGAUCGCGAAGGAAUUAGCCGCUUGACGAGGGUAAUGGAAUCUACGCAUGUAAUUGUGACUCCAUUCAUUUAUAUCCCAAUUCAUUUUGUGGACUGUGUGAUGUGGAAGAGAAGAUAGUAUAAUUGAUAUUUUGUAACAAUAUUGGAGCAAUAUUAAAUGCAUGGUGAGAA